AUGAAGGGCGGCGCACACCCAUGGAGAGACGCUCCUUCAUAUGAAGACGCCAUGAACGUCAACAACUCUCGAAGGAUCCCACAGACCACGCCAGAACUCACGCCGUACCUCGGAGUGCGUUCCCGGCUGUCACAGGUGUGGUUCAACAGAUGGACCGUGCUGCUGCUGCUGAUCAUGGUUCGGGUGAUUCUCGCCACGGUAUCCCUGGACUCUGACCUCGAGUCGGCGCGGGACAAGGCUUUCUCGGCAUGCACGGGUGUGGAGAGCAUGGGCACUGCGAUGGCUUCGAUGCCGUUCUACAUGGCCAAUGGUGUCAACGAGAUGGCGGCGAAGGGGAUCGAGAGUGCCAUUCGUGCGCUCGAGGCUACCUUACUCCUCAUGAUCACCGGAGUUCAGGAGAUGGUUGUGUUCAUCGUCAACCUGAUCACUUCUACCUACGUCUGUCUGAUUACCCUCGCGGUGCGCGGAUCUGUCGGUGUGAUGGUCGAUGCUCUCAAGGAGAUUACCGAUUUUGUCAACAAUGCCAUGACAGAUAUCUUCAACAGCGUCGAUGGCCAGGUGCAGACCAUCGAGGAUGGCAUCAACAAGGUCACGAGUUUCCUUGAGAGCAUACCGAACUUCUUGGGCGGUGGGGUCGAUAUCCCCGACGUCAACCUCCCAGCGUUGGACAAACUCAAGGAUGGUCUCACUAUUCCCGAUGACUUCAAGCAAAAGCUGGACGACAUGGAGAACAGCAUUCCCACUUUCGAGGAGGUCAAGGAGGCCGCCGGAGAUGCCAUCCGGAUUCCCUUCCAGUUGUUGCUCAACAAGGUCAACAGCACCCUGGGCAUCUACGAGUUUGACCGCUCCGUCUUCCCUGUUCCCGCGAAGGAGAAGCUUACCUUCUGCACCGACAACCCGAGCAUCAACAACUUCUUCGACAACCUGAAGGACCUUGUGUUCAAGGUCAAGAACAUUCUUGUCGGUGUCAUCAUCGCGCUCGCACUUCUCGUCAUGAUCCCCAUGGGUUACCGGGAGUGGCACUCGUUCCGUACCACCAGACGCCACGCCUUCCUGCUUUCGGACCCGAUUCGCGCCUUUGACCCGGUCGAUGUCGUUCACAUCGCCUCUCACCCGAACUCCUCAGUGUUCAGCCUCAGGAUCUCUAAGUUCUCCAAGUCCAACCGCAGGCAGACUCUCAUCAGGUGGGCUGUUUCUUACGUGACAUCCCCCGCGGCGUUGUUUGUGCUCUCCCUCGGUGUCGCCGGUCUCUUCAGCGUUGCAUGCCAGAUGAUCCUCCUGAAGCAAGUCGAGGCUCGUACUCCUGGUCUGGCCGAGGAGAUCGGAGAGUUUGCGGGUAUGGUCGUCGACAAGCUCGAGAAUGCUUCCAAGCAGUGGGCUAUUGGAGCGAACCAGGCGCUCAAUACCACCAACGCUGAGCUCAACGACGAACUUUUCGGCUGGGUCAAAGAGGGAACAGACUCGCUCAAUGACACCCUGAAUACCUUCGUCGAUACCAUGCACGAUGGUGUGGACUCCUUCUUCAAGGACACGCCUCUGGCCGCGGUAAUCAACGAGGUUCUCAACUGCCUGGUCACCAUCAAGAUCCAAGGCAUUCAGAAGGGCCUCACCUGGGCCAACGAGCACGCGCAGAUCACCUUCCCGACUCUGCCAGAAGACGCAUUCUCUCGCGGUGCCUUGGAAUCCAUCGGCUCGGAUUCGGACCCUGCUUCUAGCUUCCUGUCAAACCCCGGCUCGGCGGCUACCGACCAGAUUACUGAUGUGGUCGUGAAGCUCACCAACAAAUGGGAGAGUUCCAUCAAGCAGGAAGCGAUGAUCUCGGCAGCAAUCUUGGGCGUUUGGGUCGUCGUUUGUAUCAUUGCCCUCAUCCGCACUGCCUGCCUCUGGUUCGGACGCGAGCUCGUCCGUGGAGAAGGCGGCGCCGCCCCAUUGCCCCAGCCUCACCUGUUCACAGGCGGUAUCAGUGACGGACAAGGAGUCUACGGAAAGUACCAGACCCAGACGCAGCAGCCCAACUUCCCUACCUUCGGUCCCACUCCAACUACGCCUAAUGGUCCUCCGAGUCCAGAGGAGUAUCCAAACGAGAAGAGUGCGCACAUCCAGAUGGGUACUGUCAACAGCGGCCUUCCGUAUCCCACCGAGCCUUCCGAGGGCACGCCAGGAAACAGGGAGUCGUUCCAUCCGCGAGUUUACUACAAGCGGUCGGUUUGA